CUACCAUACAGAUAAAUCAGAAAGCGUUUGCGUUGUCAAGCAAGUGGAGGCCGUUGGCUGAACUUUUUUGCGUUUUUAUCCCUGCCUUAUUGUCAAUUUCACGUAAUGUUAAGAAAGGGGAACGACGAAAUAAUGAUUGGUACAACUGUAAGAAGAUAACGGGUCGGGCUAGAUGUAAAUCAACCACGCCCCUACACAGCUACAAAGUGUUAAAUUGGCUUGAAAUUUGUGAUUCUUCACGAUGGCUGCUAAAAAUCUGGACAGCAGCAUGCAUGGCUUGUCCAUCGGUGAGGAUCCAGCUCUGAUGGCCACGGCUACAGCCAAUCGCAUGGCCGCCCAGUUCUUCGAGAAGUUUGAGCGCUUUGAGCUCCAGCAAGCCCUGGCCCAGUCCUCAUACCACUGGUUCCUGUCGGCCGAGGAGCAUAAGCUACAAGCUGAAGCGCCGUCUGGUGUUAUCAUGUCCAUGCAGCCCUUCGCCGACAACAACUGCGUCUUGCUGCUCCCCUACGACCCUUCCAUUGAGCCGUUGGAGUACCGAGAAAUCCACCAGGUCUUGCGAGAGCUGGUCGUGGGCAUCUACGGACUGAACCAAGCUCCGUCGCUGUCGCUAGAGGCCAAUUACGACCAGGCCACCGCUUGUCAACUCCCCCCGGCCUACUUGGACACGCACUUGGGCCAGUUGCUCAUCAACGUGGACUACAUGAUGAAGGGAAUGUGGCACGGGGCCUACUUCCCAAGAGACAAACGGGUCAAGUUCAACGAGCGAUGGCGAUCCAGUCUGGACUUGAACGCCAUGGGGGAGCCACAGACCAAGAAAGUCUUCCUGACAGAAUUUACAAUGGCGGGCAUGAUGGACAUCACAAAGGACCCUGACUUCGCCGGCAUCUACGACAACAUGCGUCUCUUCCCGAUGAGCGAGCAUGACGCGAACGCAGACAAGCGCCUCUUCAUGCAGUACGUCGACGACCUCAGCAUCCAGCUAACCUGGCGACAGCGGACAAUUCAACAGCACCAGAACCUCUUUGUGGUGGACGCUGCGUACGAAGCAACAAGCCUUGUCCGGUUAGGCGAGGAGCGUAUCGAUCGCGACACCUUUGAGCGGCUGCAGACGCGACUUCACGCCCACGUUGACGUGAUUCAGCGUCACCUUGGCAAGAAGGCAGAGACGCGACGGCAGAUGGAAGUGAUCAAACUGGUCAGUUUCUUAGUGCCGUUCCUGAUCGGGAUGAGACGACGGAACAAAGUGCCGGACAUCAAGAGAUUAGUGGCCCAACUGACAGCCGACGAGUGUAAGACAGAACGCGAGCUCCCUCCCCUCAUGCUUUCCCCAACUUUCCGCUGCCCGAACUUCAACGCCAGCAGCAAGUACUUCCACCUCCAUGGGGGCAUGACCUUUGACAUCGAGACCGACCUCUGCGAGCCCCCGCCGGCCGAGGUCGUUGAACUCUACGAGCAGAUCCAGCUGGAGGCGACAGAGUAUUUGGCCAAGAUUACUGAUCCCAAUCAAAAGCUGCAUGAGAAUCUCCAUGUGCCUGUAAAAGAGAUCGGAGGCAAAAAAUAUUACAUCUUAUCCAUGGAUUUUGAGACCUACUACCCCGUCUCCCCGCCCCAGCCCCUCUGGGCCCACUCCUUCUAUGACAAGAUUGCCGAGCUGAAACCUAAACGUCUUCCCCUGACGGAUAUUCAGAUGCACGAGCAGUGGAAGAAGAAGUACGGCUACCACCAAGCUAUCAAAUACAAGAACCUCCAGUCUGGACUCAAGAUGUCCUCAGUCCGUGGUCUGGUCUCCAUCCUCCAGACCCUGGCCCGUAAGUGUCCCCCGUCUCGCCUGAGCAAACAGGACGAGGACGGUUACACCUGCAUGCACCACGCUGCCAAGCACAACCGACCGCUCGUCAUUGAGCUACUCCUCAUACAGAGGCAAGACAUCGAUGUCCGGAGGCAUCAUCUGACCAACCCAAACGCGAGUGAAAUUUGUGGAGGCACCACCCCUCUCCACCUCGCCGCGCGCUGUGGUUCCCUGGAGGCCGCCCUCUGCUUGGUCUCCAAUCGCGCUGGGAUGAUUCUGGCCGACCCAGACGGCUGGGCGGCCAUUCACCACGCGGCGUUCUACGACCACGCCCCUAUCGUCCGGAUGUUUGUGCGCAAGUCUAUCGACCUGAUGGAACUGGAGACGUGGGAUAAGCUAAGAAGAACCCCGCUACUCCUAGCAGCCAGCUCCGGUGCCUUAGAAUCAGUCAAGAUCCUCAUCGACUUGGGCGCCAACAUCCGCAAGACAGACAUGGAGAGGAACACCAUGAUACACCUAGCGGCGCUGCGAUUCCACACCAACGUGCUGGAGUUUUUCAUCGAGUGGAACCACUCCGAUGUGCCUGUCUGGCAAACUCUCAUUGGCAUGCUAAAAUCCAAGACCUUCCAAUACAAAGACAGUGCCGUCAGAUCAUUAGAAGUUUUAACCACAUCAAGCAAGCAAUACUGGAAAGCUAUCCUAGAAGCAGAUGGCAUUCCAGCCUUAGUGGAGAUUCUUAAACUCCCCCAGCGCGAGAUGCAAUCCCUAGGCGCGGCCGUCCUCUGCAACCUCUCGCAGCAGCCCGAGAUUCGCGACGCGACGGCCGCCGCUCCAGGCGCCAUCCCCACCGUGGUCAAGCUCCUGAGCUCUCCCGAGCCGGACAUCCAAGCCCGCGCAGCGAUCCUGUUGGCCGAUCUAGGCUCCGACAGAAACGACGGCACUAACCGGAGUACCAUCAGCAGUGAGGGCGGUAUACCACCGCUGAUCGCGCUGUUGGAGUCGCAGCUUGAAGACGUGUUGGUGGAAGCGGUGAACGCAGUGCGGGUGUUGUGCCUCGGACAUCAGGAGAACCAGACGCUACUUGCUAAGCACGGAGGUGUGGAGCCACUCGUGGAAUUCCUACAGGUCAAAUCAGACGUCUUAAGAGCAGCAAGUUCAGCAGCCCUAGCCGCCCUAACCUACAACCAUCGGGAGAACCAAGACCUCGUCGUUGAGCGUAAUGCUGUACUCCCGCUGGUCACCCUGAUCCGAGGACGCAACAUCUCCGUCCAGACGAAGGCCGCCGCGGCGCUGGAAUCGCUGGCGGAGAACAACCCCAAAUGCCAGGCAGCCAUCUUGGAUUUGCACGCGCCUAGCGCCCUCAUACGUCUCCUCAAGAUCUGGGCACUUGACGUGAAGGAGCAAGCAGCUUGCAGUCUCUGGGCCUUGGCGGGACACACCAGACCGCAACAGAAGAUGAUUGCCGAGUUUAUCGGGAUCAGCGGUAUUAUUGAUCUCAUCGUCAAGUCGGAGAAGUUGCAGCAUGUCGGUUGCAUGGCAAUGAUUGCACUCACAAGAGCCAGCUCGGACAACCAGAAUCGCAUUGAGAAGGAGAACGGAAUCCUUCCCGUGGUGAGAAUCUUAAGAUCCAGCAAGACGUCAGAGAGAGUUCUGCAUAUGGUCAUAAAGGCGCUUGGGACACUCUGUGUGGGUGUUGCCAACAUCAACAACCCGAUCACACAGAGCAAGAUAGCAGAGGAGAACACCAUCUCCACCCUAGUCAGCAUCUUCCUGACCACGCGCCACGACUACAUCAAGGUGGAGAUUGCCAACACCUUAGCCUGCAUCAUCCUAGGCAACAAGGAGAACCAGGCACUGCUCAAGGAGGAGCCGCAGUUUGAGAUGCAGAUGCUGCUGAAUCUACUCCACUCCAAGAACAAGGAAAUUCAACUACAAACCGGCAAUGCACUAGCCACCUUCGCCUUCAACAACACCGGCCAGCAAGUGGCCAUCAGAGAGGCAGGAGGACUGAAGAUGGCCAUGUUCCAACGCUUCCUGGACGCGGAGGACGAGUCCUACCAAGCCCACGGUGCCUUUCAGAUUGUGGUGCUUGCAAGAGUGAUCCUGGACCGUGAUCAGGUCUCCUUGUCCGCCGAGGGCGUCACAACUCUUGUCCGAUUACUCAAAUCUCAGGACGAUAAUACUGUCAUCUUGGCAGGUACUUUGAUAGCUAGCCUAGCCCAUACCCGCGCCGGCAUCACGGACGCCAUGAUCACGUCGGGCAGCGUGGAGGUUCUCAUCGAUCAUCUCUUCUCCCAGAAUGCCGAGGUGCGAUGCGCGGCGGCCGUUGCCCUGGGAUACCUGACUUUCAAUCGCAAGGCAACAAGGCUGCUGCUGGUGGCGACACGCAACACCCCAGGUUUGUACAAACGUCUGAUGGACAAUCUGGACAAAGAUGGCAAGAUAUCGAGGGACUUUACCGAAGAGUUUCGACGGGCGCAGGUGGUUGGGUUACCAGCAUUGAGUUUGGAGAUCCAUGGAGGCCCACCAGUUGUCCCACCGCCAAGGCCCAGAGGGAUGAGACGUCCUCGCACCACCAUAGGUUUCAACAGUCACCCGCCCACCGAGCUGCAGAAGACACGCCCCCAGGGCCCCCCAGCCCGGGCCGUGUCGGCACCGGCCAUCGCGCGACGACACAAAGCCAGGUCGGCCGAGGCGGUGAUAGAGGGCGACGUGGAAGGGGUGAGGGUCAUCAAAAGACGGGACGUGGGGCCCAGGGGCGAUAACCGAAGAGUCCUGCUCAGGAAACCCACGGAUGACGGGAAGAUUGCGUGGUCUGGUUGAGGCGUUCAAAUACCGCCCUCGGUGGUGAAAAUGAGAGACCUUGAAGGACGCUUGUGCACCACUGCCGUAGUACAUCUUUGCUCUGUGAUGCUUCUGUGAAGAAGCAACAGGUUUGUGUGCAAUUCAUCUUUCAGAGCUGUUAGUGUUGGCGCAAUGAAGUUAGGCGUCACAAUUUUUAUAUGGAAUAAUGUUUACUUUAACAAAAAUUGCAAUAUUUCUCUUUUUUUUUAUAAAUGAAAUAAUCUGUACAUAUUUUGUGGUAUUUCGUGUGAGGAAAAGUUGCUAAGCUAAUGAGGUGUAUAUUUUUAAAUUUAAAGAAACUUCCAAGUUUUAUAUAAUUGUAUAUGACAUUUUAAUUCAUUUUUUUUAUGGGUGUGGGUUUGUAUAUUUUUGCGAUUGCGCAUCGGUGAUUUUAUUUAUGUGUAUUUGGAUUAAAAAUUGCUAAAACCAAAGGUUGUAUUUAGGUGCAUUAAAAUGAAAUCAGAAAUAUUUUGAAAUUAAUAUCCCUAAAUUGUGUACAUAUGAGAUAUUUUAAUUUUUACUAUAUUUUAAAAGAGAUUACUAAUUUCAAACUUUACUCUUGGAACAUGUUACGUCACAACACAGUUUUGAAGCCAGUUGCGUGAGAAAUAAUGGUAUCAUCAGUGUAGCAUUUUUCACUUCGUUCACAGCAUUUCAACUUUUAGUGUUGUAUUCCUGGUUGCCAAAAUGUAUGCAUUUUUUGGAGAUUUUACAAAAAUUAAAAAUAAAAAAAUUGAAAAAAAAGAGCAAAUUUGUGGCAACGUACAAAAAUAUUUCACUAAAAAUGCUGCAAGAACAGUUUUACAGUCUUUUAUUCC